AUGAAAACUCAAAUUUCAAAAACUGUGGACAGCGUAGGAACAAUAGAAAUGGAAUCUGGAAUUUCUGACUCUGCAUCGGACUAUAAGGAUUCCCAGAUGGAGAAUGAAUAUGAUGCAGCCACGAAUCGCAAAAAAUGUGAUUCCUCUCUUCCAGAUAUUCUUGCUGUUCUUUCAAUAAUAGUAGUUGUGGAUCCUAAUGCUGGUCAAGAAGAUGCCUAUAACCAAGUUAUAAGCACACAAUUAGGCAAUGAAAUUGGUCUAGGAGGUCUGGUCUCUGCGCUGAUCGCGGUUUCCUCGAUUGGUGCCGUUGGCUCGAUGGUAUGGAGUGGCUCAAGAAUUAUUGCUGCCGCCGCUACCAAAGAUUAUAUUCCUUUUUGCUCUCCAAAAUUACGGAAUUUUCAUAAAAAAUACUAUACCCCAUUUAAUGCCUUGAUCUUUCAAUGGAUUUAUUGCUCUUUUAUUGUUCUUUUUUUCCCCUCAAACAACCCCUACGAUGCUCUCACAAACAUGGCCCAAUAUUCAUCACUUAUAUUCUAUGGUCUGAGUGCGCUUGGACUUUUGAAAAACCGAGAGAACUCUACCUCGUCCAUUCAAGAUGGAUAG